UCAGUAUUUUUUUUUCCUUGACGGCACCACCAUGGUUUUAUUUUUAAAGUAGCUUUUGUGAAGCAAUAUUGAAUUUCUAAGUAAAAAUGUGACAACAAAAAUGAGAAAAGAUCACACCAGAAUCUGGUACACGUUGUAUCCUGUACUGUAUGUGAAGUGCCGCUGCGGUACUUCACUUCCUGGUUGUUCGCUGUGCGUCAAUUAAGGAAACCUACAGUAUACACGAGUCCUAACAUGAGACGUUAUCAGAAACAUUUUACAGACUACAUUGUUUCAAGGGGAACAGGAAUAACAAGACCAACAUCAUACAAAUAUGCAGCCCCUGCCUCCUAAAAGUGUUGUAAGUUAGAGCUGCUCUUGAGGAAUAUUCGAAGGUAAAGGAGAUUUUGUACGUUUUUAGAAAAUGUAACUUUUCGCAAAGCAGCGUCACACACGUGGUGUUAAUACAGUAUUUUAAAUCUAAACGUUGCUGGUGGAAGGGGAAUGAUGGACUUGGACGCUCAAUAACAAGUGCAGUUCCCCACUUGAAUAUCUGUGUAUUGGUUGAGGCCAACAAAGUUUCGUUUCCUCUUGACGUUUAAGUUUCGUUUCUCGAGCUCUUCUGCCCGUUAUUCCUGUAGCUGGUUGCUGCAAUUUAAAUGCAACGUUUAUACACUGAAUUAAAAUAGAGAAUUAGGUCGUUUGAAGUGGACGGAGUAUUGUACAGCAUGAAUAAAAAUACUCUUAAAACGGCAAUAAUUAAUUGAUUUAAGAAGCACACAGCGGCGAAAACGAAAGAAGGAAGAUGGGCGUUUCCUUGUUGUGACGUGGGAGUAGAUUUGUCUUCGGAUAUAAAAACCAAAUGCAUCAACAACUCCGAACUCAGAUUUGCACAGCACAACCCAGGACGAUGUGAAGCAGCAUCUUCAGAGCAGUGACGGCGAAUAACUGUUCUUUAAGAGUGCUCCAGAUCUCCCUUUGCUGGCGAAAAAGUUUAUUUAAAAAGAGACGUCUGUUGUUCAAGAUCUCCCGGCAGCGAUGCCUCGAAAGAGGACGUUCAGGGCAAGAGCCCCUCCUUUUAUUGAGUACCUGAAGGAUGUCCUUCGCAGGUACCCAGAUGGGGGACAGAUCCUUAAGGAGCUUAUUCAAAAUGCAGAUGAUGCAAAAGCCACAGAAGUCAUUUUUGUGUAUGACGAAAGGGAUUACCCCUGCGAGAAUCUUUGGGACAGCACACUUUGCAAUUUCCAAGGACCUGCACUACUGGCAUAUAACAAUGCAGUGUUCACUGAGGAAGACUGGAGUGGAAUAGUAGCCGCUGGCCAAAGUGUGAAGAAAGAAGACCCACAUAAGAUUGGGAGAUUUGGGAUUGGGUUCCACUCCAUCUAUCACAUCACAGAUCUUCCCUGGAUCUUCAGUGGCACCAAUAUUGGCGUUCUGGACCCACAGGAGGUCUAUCUGGAGGAAGGAGGAUGGUGGUCUUUGGAAGAUGAACUAGACAGAAAACAGCUAUGUGAUCACCCAGAUCAGUUUGAACCACUGAGGAAGGCCUUGGAAGAAAUAUCUAAGCAGACCUCCUGGGCUGCCCUUCUUCUUGGGGAGACCUUCAAGGGGACACUGUUCCGGUUUCCACUGAGGACUGAGGCUUCACAGAUUUCUGACACCCUGUAUGACCGGGAAAAGGUCUUUGAUCUCUUCAAGUCAUUCAAGGGAGAUGCAGAGAUGAGCCUCCUUUUUCUCAAAAAUGUAGUCUCCAUUUCCCUGAUGCACAUCAGCCCAGAUGGCAAAGUUACAAACCACCUCAAUGUCAAAGCUUCGCAUGAUAGAGAGGGUCAGGUGCGCAUAAGAAGUGAAGAGCUCAGUCUCCUUUCAGAGGCAGAAUCUUCCUGUGGAUUAAAAGUCAUAUCGAGCCAGGACCUUAAUUUAGAGGCAAACAGACGUGUGUGGCUUGUUUCCUCGUUUACGGCAAGGAAUGAACAGAACAGCAGUCUGGACAGACUAGCUGAAAAAUUAAAAUAUCGCCCCUGUAUUGGGCUUGCUUUCCCUUUGACCGACACUGCUGAAAGACUUAAGGGCCGCUUGAGCUGUUUUCUGCCUCUUCCUGACAAUGACACCAACACUACCGGCCUGCCAGUCCAUGUCAACGCUUGCUUCGGCCUCACGGACAACAGGCGUGAAAUCAAAUGGCUUGAGAAAGACCAGCAGCAUGAUGAAGCUGCCCAGUGGAAUGAAAUACUUGUCAACCAGCUCCUUCCUCCAGCAUAUUGCCAGACCAUUCUCUGCGCCAUUGACUUGGCGUUGACUGGAAACACACCCAUGAAGUCAAGGUUGACCUACAAUCUCUGGCCUGACAUGGACAGUUUGGUCACUCAGGACCGCUGGCAGAAAAUAGGGACAAUGGUUACCAGACUGUUAUCAGAAUACAAAGUUCUUUUCUCGGCCAACAGCAACACCGAAAGGCUUAGGCCAACAGAAGCUGUUUUUCCACUGUCCUGCGAAGAUCACAUUAUAAUGGGAGCUGUGGAACACCUUCUUCUUUCCCAACGGGAGCCGUUAGUCAGAGUCCCAGACCAUGUCUAUAACUCUCUGAAGUCUGUUUUACAGGGCCGGCUUACUCAGGGAACACCAGAGUUUCUGUGCAGACUUCUAGGAUCUUGUGAUCUAAGUCCUAUACCUGGUGGACAAAGGAUUUUACUCCUUGAAUUUAUUCUGAAGGGAAAUUAUCACCAAGGCCUGGAAGGCCUCCAACUCCUGCCUCUUAAUGACGGAUCUUUCACGAGAUUUCUCCCCUCUGGUAGAGGUGAAAAUGUUUUCAUCGACAGCAAGGAGUUUCCACGGACUCUGCUACCUGGACUGGAUAAGAACUUUCUUCCUAAAAACCUGAGACCAGGUCUCAAUGAUUUGUUAUGUCAGCUGGCUUCAAAAAACAUCUUCAACAUCUAUCAUCUGAAUGCCAAGGAGGUUAUAAAAUGCAUGCGAGAGUCCCUUCCAAGGGACUGGACUGCUGGGUCUGACCACGUCAUCUGGAACAAGAGAAAUCCCUCACAUCCUCCAGCUAAAUGGCUUUCAAAGCUCUGGAAUUUCAUCACUAAACACUGUGGAGACCUCCAGCCCUUUGAAGGCCUGCCACUUAUACCACUGGAACGCCUGUCAAAUGCUGGGGACACUGUGAAACUGGUACGCCUGACGAGGUGCACAACCUUAGUUUUUCAGAGUCUAAAUGAUUAUGUUCUGAAAGAGCAAAUGGUUAAAAUCAUUGAGAAGCUCGGGGGCACCGUGAUCAAACAGCUCAAUGACUUUUUAGUCCAUCAGCACCUGAAUUCCUACGUCCUCUACCCCUCCGUAGGCAAUUUGUUAAAAAUCCUGUCCCACAUUGGUGAAACGGAUGUUAAAAAGAAACUUAACUGCCUGACGGUUGAAGAAAAAAACAAGCUCAGGUGCUUUCUUUCCAAAGCAACCCAUCUGACAGAAAAAGAAUCACAGUUCAUUUCUGAGCUACCAAUUUUUCAGAAAACGCCCUCCCUCACAUCUUCUGGGCAAGGCUUUGUUGAAGCCAAAUCUUUUGCCGCAAUAAAAUACGAAACCAUUCCUAGGAUUCCUGAUGACCUAGUCUUGCGUGAGACGGUUCUCAAGUGUGUUGCGGAGUACGACCAGAUACUUUUUGGGCUCCUCAAAGUCAGACUUCUGAGCUCAGCUGAUGUGGCCCUGCAGAUUGUGUCAGGCAUUGAAAGAAAACACUAUGUGGAAUAUCACAACAUCGAAACAAUGAUGAAGUGGGUUUUGAAAAAUUACGGCCUACUUUAUAACCAAAGUAGCGUUCUCCAAAAAAAGUGCAAAACCCUGAGAUUCUUGAACAAAGGGGGAACUUGGGUGGAGCCAGCAGCUCUAUUUGAUCCAGAAGAGGGCAUACUAAAAGAGCUGUUUAGCAAAGACCUUUUCCCUCAAAAGCCUUUUGCUGAGAAAUCCAUUCUGAAGACGCUGCGGAUUUUAGGUUUGCGGUCUACGCUUGACAGCAUCCUGCCGGAAGAAUUCUUGGCAGUUGCCCAAGAAUUGGAGAAAGAAAAUAAUACUCAAGCUUUCAGAAAAUCUGAAUUGCUAGUUAAAAUUUGCAACGAGACAGACAUUCUCUCCACAUUUUCAGGAAGUCAGCUGAAAACCCUCCGCUCCGUACCCUGGGUGUGUGCAGAAAAAUCAGCUGGCAAGAAACCGUGCAAAUGGUACAAACCACAAGAGCUGAAGCAUUCAAUACUGGGACAUCUGGUUGAGUUAGUUAUGCCACUUACUAACAAAUUUAACCAAAAGGCAUCUCAAUAUCUGGAAAUCACUAAGCCACCUCCAGCAGAAAAAGUGAUUGAAAACCUAAAAAAACUCGCUGAAACCUUUGAGCUGACAGACCCUGAUGUAAUUGAGACCAAAGUGAAAGCCAUAUACACUCAUGUUCAGGAGAAUCUCAGCGACUUCACAAGUCUCUUACAAGGCUGCCCAAUUUGGAACGGAAGUGGAUUUUCAAAUCCCAAAGAAAUUGUUCUGGACUAUCCCAAAGAGCUAGAUUUGAGCUACUGUAUUCAGAAAGUUCCCGAUGAGCUAUCUAAAAAGUACAGUAGUUUGCUGAUGAAGUGUGGCAUCAAAUCAUCUUUGUCCCCAAAGGAAAUAGUGGACUUACUUUCCGACCUGAAAAACAACAUCGAUUCUCACACUGUCAGUGCAGGCCCUGUGGAGCUCAAGUUUGCGAUUUCAGUCCUUGAGUGGAUGCGAACGUCACGUCAAGACUUCCGGCAGCUGGGAUGUGAAAAAAAUCUGCUGGUUCCAGUACACAACCACACAAAGGAAAACGGGUUCUGCUUACAGCCUUUAUACAAAGCCCUGUUUCCUGACAUUACGUCUGAAGCAUUAGAAGACCUUUGUGAAGACGAAGGCGAGUAUUAUGUGGUCCACAAAGAAGUAUCUCGCGCCACAGCUGACUAUUUUAAUGUCCCGUUUCUCAGCACAAGGGUGUUGAAGCCGGAAUUUAUAGGCAUAGAACAGUAUGGGCAAACUGAACCGAUACCCCUCAGAAUAAAGAACAUUCUCAAAGAAUACGACGAGGAAAGUGACCUCUUUAAAGAGCUCAUUCAGAAUGCCGAGGAUGCUAAAGCCACAGUCUGCAGUUUUUUGGUAGACAUGAGACAAAACAAAGAACUGGCAGAGAAUCUCAUCGAUCCUGGCAUGUCUUUCUGUCACGGCCCAGCCCUCUGGUCAUACAACAAUGAGGUAUUUACAGAGGAAGACUUUGAAAAUAUAACAAGAUUGGGAUCAGCCUCCAAGGAAACUCAGGUUGAAAAGAUUGGCAAGUUUGGAUUGGGGUUUAAUGCAGUAUAUCACAUCACUGACAUCCCCUCAAUUUUGAGUGGAACAACUCUCAUUAUCUUUGACCCGAAUGUCACACAUCUGAAAAAGCACAUUCAAAGCAAGUCUAACCCUGGUAUCAAACUUGAUCUUUCUAAACACAACCGUCUGCUUGCGAGAUUUCCCGGUCAGUUUGAGCCAUAUCAGGACAUAUUUGGCUGCAACAUAAGUGAUCAUCCUUUUCAAUACAAGGGGACACUGAUUAAACUGCCGUUCAGAACAGCAGCUGAGGCUCAGAGAUCAGAGAUAAGCACAAAAAUCUACGACAAGGACAGAAUAUCGACUUUAGUCAGAACUUUCAGAGAAAACUGUGAACACAUGCUUCUUUUUCUAAAGAGGGUGCAAAACGUGAGCAUAAAAGUGCUAUCCCCAACAUCAAGCACAAAGAACCACAGUGAGACCUCUGCACUUCUCACCCUCACCAGCAGCAAUGUCUGUGGCUUUGAGGUGUCUGGAGACAUCCAGAUGAGACAGCUGCAGCAGGCCUCUUUAAGGAGACUGGAAGAAUUCAAAGUAAAAUGCAGAGGCAUUACAGAUGUGAACAUACUUGUUGUCAAGGAAAUCACGCUGGACGAUCCAAACGCCGUGAAAGUUUCACAGUACUGGCUGGUUUAUUCCUGUUUUGGGACAGGCAGAGCUUUGAACAUGGUGUGUGAUCCCACACAGACGCAGCCCUUUGCCCUUCCUCUUGGUAGUGUUGCUGUUCCCCUGAGCAGAAGCCCAGAAAAUGACAAGUGGAAACCCAACUCGGAUGCUACUGUGGGUCAAGUAUUCUGUUUUCUUCCUCUGGCUAUUCAUUCGGGACUCCCUGUUCACAUAAAUGGCUUCUUUUGUGUCACUUCAAACAGGAAGAACCUCUGGAAUACUGGGAUGAAAGGAGAAUGGAACAGGGCCCUGCUGCAGGAUACAGUUACAGCAGCUUAUAUAACCGUAUUGCUGCAAUUACAGAAGAUGUCUCAGGGUCACAAGCUUGUGGACUAUGACUAUUUCUCAUUCUGGCCCAACAUGGACAAAGUUUUGGAGCCCUUCAGGGUCACUGCAGAAACAUUCUACCAGGCUGUGGCAAAGGGCUUCUGCGGCAGACCUUUGAGACUUCUGAGUAAUGGAGAUCAGUGGUGCUCCAUUGAAAACGCACGCUUCCUGGAUCCUGAAAUUGCAAGACACAAGAGCAUCGGGAAAGGAGCUGCCGCAGAAUUCUCCCACAGACUGCAGCAGCCGCUUCUGCCCAUCCUUUUGCCAGAGUGGGUGAGGAAAGGAUUUGCGGAAAGUGGAUGCUCUGACAUAAUUGAGAAGCGUACCUAUAACUGGAAACAGUUUUAUAGUGAGGUAAUAUUUGGCAACCUUGAACGCAUGGAUGCGACAACAAGGAACAGUUUUGUUUUGCAUGCAAUUGAUAUGAGAAAUCCAGACAUUGAUGAUUUGCUAAAAACAACUGCCUGCAUUCCAACAAGCAAAAGUGGAACUCUAGGACUGGAAUUAAUUGGUAACCUCAUCCAUCCCAAAGGAAAGGUUGCUAGCUUGUUUGAGAACGAAGAAGGUAGAAUCCCUACUGGCUCACAGAAGGAUUUUCUUCACCCAGACAGACUGGCAAGACUAGAAGCUCUUGGGAUGGUCAAGGACCAAAUCUCUGUAUCUGAGCUAAUACAGAGGGCAGAAACUAUUCAAUAUUUGUGGCACCAGGAUAAGGGUAAAGCGUGCAAGAGGAUACAGAGCAUCUUAACUUUCCUCAGCAAUUUAAAAAUUAAUAAUGCGGACCAAGAGAAAAUUCAGAAUAUUGCCUUCCUUCCUGCAGUUCCUCCCUACUCUCCAGAAAACAUUGUUGAAGAAAAUGUGUGCCUCAUGCCAGCCAAAAUGGUGUACAAAACAAAACACAAAUGGCUUGUCAAUAUGACUGAACCAAUAUUUGCAAAAAAUCAGCUUGAUUCGGAUUUCAAACUGUCUUCAGAGGCCUCCAAUGUUUUGGGGUUGAAUAAAAAGCCACCAACUGAGAAGGUUUUGUCACAACUCAAAAAGACUUUCUUAUUUCAGGACAGGAUUCAGAAGACUGAAACUGAGCAGAUUGCUAAAAAAUGUUAUAGUUACCUUUGUGAGUCUCUUAAAUCACAAACAAACAAUACCAAGAAAAUUCUUGCAGCAAAUCUGACAUUUCCUUUUAUUUACAUUGAUGGAAAAUUUGUGAAGACAAAUGAGGUAGCACACCUCAUCCCAUUUGAUGCCACACCAUAUCUUUACAAGCUCCCUAUUGAAUACAAGGAAUUUGAUGAGCUCUGGAGCACUGUUGGUAUAAAGGAGAAUUUCCACUUCUCGGACUACUCCAGUAUACUUCAGAGGCUGUCACAGAAGUACGGCAAAAGUGCUCUUCAGAAGCAUGAUUUUGAACUCUGUCUGAGAGUUAUCAAUACAGGCCUUGGAGGGCUUGUCGAAGAGUUGGAUUUUGAUUCCUAUGAUGUCCAGAGCCUCAUGCUACCUGACCAAAAAAAUGUCCUACAAUCAUCCGACAAGCUUCAGUUCAAUGACUCAGCCUGGCUCAAGCUGGAUGAGGAUAUAGUUCUUUGUCACAGUCGUAUACCCCGUGAGAUCGCUGUUAACCUUGGCAUUCCCACCACAAAACACAAAGCACUGACUGGCUUAAGGGUGUGUCAGCUUUCACGCUGGGUAAAGUCAUUUGGGGCACAUGAAAAGCUAACCAAGAGACUUCAGAACAUUAUCAAGGAAUACCCAUCAAACAAAGACAUAUUAAAAGAAUUAAUCCAGAAUGCCGAUGAUGCAAAGGCAACUGAAAUUCAUUUCAUUUGGGACCAAAGGCAGCACCCUCUGGAGAAGAUCUUUGGAGACGAGUGGGCUGAAGUGCAAGGGCCUUCUCUUUGUGUCUACAACAAUAAAAAGUUUACAGAAGAUGAUGUGAAAGGAAUCCAGGAACUGGGGGAAGGAGGAAAGGCCAAAAAUGUGGAGAAAACUGGGAAAUUCGGCUUGGGAUUCAAUUCUGUCUAUCAUCUAACUGAUUGCCCAUCUUUUAUUUCUGGAGAUAGUCGUUUGUGCGUCUUUGAUCCUCACAUCUCCUACUUGAAGAUGGCUACAGAGAGAGAUCCAGGAGGAGAAUUUGCCAUUAAUAAGUCCUUCAAAAGCACAUUUCCGGACGUGUACAACGCUUACCUCCCCUCUUUUUAUGAGCUUGAGAAGGGUACCAUGUUUCGGAUUCCGCUACGAACUGAGGAAAUGGCAAGGAAUUCAGACAUAAAAAAAGAGGCUGUAACUGAAGAAGACAUGAGAUGUCUGAUUAAGACCUUGGAGGAAGACCCGGAUGGGCUAAUGCUGUUUUUAAACAACAUAACAAAAAUUACCUUUCAGACCCUUGACAGCACUACACAACAGCUGCAACCAGUUUUUUCUGUGGAAGUGAAAAUGUCAGAAGACAAUUUGAAAAAGAGGAUAGAUUUUCUGAAUAAAGUGCAAGAGAUUGCCGACCUUCAGACUGAAGUGACUGAUAUAAACCCCUUCCAGGUUUUUAUGGAAGUGGAAAUUCAUUGCACUGGCAAGUGUCCGACAAAGUGGAUACUAGCAAAACAAGUGGGAUUUGAGGAGAAAGAGAUUAAAGCUUCCGCGCAGCACAUCUGUGAAAAACUGCGUCAAAAAUUAAUACCUCAUGGAGCUAUUGCUGCAUCUGCAAAUUCCCUCACAAAGGGGGUACUGUUCUGCUCUCUCCCUCUACCGGUUGAAACUGGACUCCCUGUGCAUGUGAAUGGGAGCUUUGCUGUCAAUAGUAGCAGGAGGGAUCUUUGGAAAGAAGAUGGACAGAAUGUAAAGACAGAAUGGAAUGAAAGCAUAAAACUAAAUCUCCUUGCGCCUUUAUACAGCGAUCUGCUAUUGUACAUAGCCAACCAUUUAUUUAAUGACAAGGAACGCCCUCUGACAUUCAGAAAUGAGAAGCAUUGUGAGGAGCAGCUCAAGCCAUUGUUUUGCAUCUUCCCCAAGGAUUUUGACAGGAUACAAAAAGACUGGUAUGAAGUUGUGGCUAGAGUCUAUCGGUCAAUUCAUGCAAAGAAAUACAAAGUCAUUCCCAUAUUUAGACGGGAAGAAAGAGUAGCAGGCCUUUAUGGAGAGAAGUAUAUCUCGAUUGACUGGUCUAGUGUUGGGAAUGAAACAACCGAUGAACCACACUUCAUGACUGAAAAAUACAGCUCAGAUCUGAUAGAUGUAUUGAAACAAAUGAAGAUGAAGUUUGUGUUACAAAGUGAUGAGCUCACUGCAAUAUGGAAUGAGUUUGUAAAAGCAGGUUCAAGGGUCACAGAACUGAAUCCACAGUCUGUGAGGAAGUUUCUUAUGGCUCAUCCUCUGCUGAAUCAGCAAGACAGACUUGCUCUUCCCUUAAACACAUCUCCAUUCAAAAACCAAAGGCAAAUAUGUACUCUUCUAGAGUACUGCCUUAGGGAUAUUACUGAAGAGAAUGUGAAACACCUAGAGGGACUGCCACUUUUGUUAACACAAGAUGACACUCUGAGACGGUUCCUGCUCGCAGAACCUAAAUAUCUUUCAUUGUAUCACAAUUUGUUCCCAGGCAUGGACCAUUUAUUUGCAAACAUUAGUAACCAUUUUGAAAUGUCGGCACUAGAAAAAGCUGGAUUUCUGAAAAAAUUCACUGUUCAAGAUUCUGUAAACUAUAUUAAGGCAAGAUUGGUACACUCCGUUUCUAACGAUGACUGCAAAACCUGGCCAGUUUUAAAGCAAGAGGAUGAAAAAUGGAUACACUUGCUUUGGAAGUUUUUUGGUGUCAUGUUCCCCUGUUCCUAUUCUACAGAUGCAGCCAAAAAAGAAGAAAUGUUUAUGGAACUGAAAUCUCUCUUUGGUGAUCUUGCUAUUUUGCCUGUGUUGAAUACGAAGGAAAAAUGUAACAUUUUGGUGUCUCUUAAUGCCCUGGAAAAUGUGGUGCGUGAUGAAGAUAUUGGGAAACUACUGAUCAAACUUGGUUUUGCAAAAUUCGACAGUAUGAUUUUACCACAUGACAUAAUGUUUCAUGUUAUUAGGCCAAAUGUGUUAAACACCACUGACUCUUCGACAACAUUGAAAAAACUCAGUGAAAGCAAAGGCUUACAGUGGACUGAAUUAUCCGCACUCGAGCACGACAAUCUGCUUGAUUUUCUACUUAAUGGACUACAGAAUACCACUGACAGCCAAAUGUACAUGACAAGGUUAAAAUCACUGCCAGUUUUUCAAACUAUGCAGGGUUCACACAAGAGCAUUGAUAAGUUCAAAAAGGUCUACAUUUUGAACUCUGUGACACAUUUCCCAGAUUUGUAUGAGAUUGACAGUGAGGUCAUAUUUCUAAAGAAUACUUCAUUUAACAACAAACUGUCUGAAAAUUCAGACAUAAAAGUUCUAACAGACCUGCAGUUUUUUAGUGUGGUAAUUCUCCAAAAAAUAGAGGAGCUAUCUGAAUCUCAGAAACUAAGCUCUAUAAACUUGUUGUUGUGCAUUAUCCAUCAUUAUCCUAUAGAAUACGACAAAAAUAAAUCCAAGAUCAUUACAGCUCUCAAGCCUGUGAAGUUCAUCAGAGAUGUGCAUGGCAAUCUUCGAGAAGCUUCUUUCUUCUAUGAUAAGAAUGUCCAUCUUUUCAAAACCAUGAACUUGAAUGAGAAAUUUAUUCCUCAAGAGUUUUUUAAGAAUUUACAGCCUGGAUAUUUACUUCAACAGUUGCUUGGAGAUCUUGGAAUGCGGCACACUCCAUCCCAGGAUGAUAUCCUCCACUUUGCGACUUUGAUUGAACGCGAUGCUAAGACAGGAGCUCAAGUGAAGGAGCUAAAGCCUAAAGUAGAUGCUGUACUCAAGACUAUUUUUCUUUUUCAGGAAGAUUUAAUCACUGCAGACUUUUGCGAAAAGCUCUCCACGAUCAAGUUUGUCUACUCACUUGAAGUAAAAAGGGAUCUGUGUGAUUUGCAUGCGCCAUAUGUCAGAAAUAAUCAACUCAUUGCCCUGAAAGGAUCGUUUGUUACACAGAAAGAUGAUGAUGUAGAGCUGGUCUGGACAGCCAUGCCUAUACUACCUUUCCAGCAAACGUCUGCGAUACUGAAGAACACGGGAGCCUUGUACGUACCUCCACAGGACUUAGUCUUCCAAAAUCUUAGGAAUCUUGCUGGUUCAGAAUGCAAAACAGAAGAACUUAUUCAAACCAGAGCUAAAGUGAUAGAAACAGCUUAUCAGUUUCUCCAAAAAUGCAGAUUUGAUUCUCGGUCUCUUUCAGACAUUCCAAUUAUUCUGGUAGAAAACAACAGGCGUCUGGUGAAGCCAAACAAAGUGGUUAUUUCACUAGUAAAUGAAAAUGAUUUUAGGCCAUAUCUCUACCCAGUCUCACCACUGCUCGCUCCUUAUAAGGACCUUUUCCAGAAGAUGGGUGUUUCUGUUCAGGCUACAACAUCACAUUUUGCCAGGGUGCUGAGAGAAAUCUUUGAGGACUCAAAGAUGAUGAACAGUUUGCAGCCACGCCAAAUAAAAGCCUCAAAAAGGGCAGUUCAGCACUUUUUCAAAGGUUUAGAAAAAGAUCACCACUUCCAGUCUACAGAAGGUCUCUACCUUCCAGCUAUGGAUGGCAAAUUACACGAGUCAGGCAGUCUGUACUAUAAUGACUGUGUGAAUUUUACAUCCAGCAGUGAUGUGGCAUACUGGAAGGAAAAGUUCAAAAUUAUAAUCAAACUCAAGGAGUGUCACCUUCAAUGGGAUAUUUAUCGGAUCAGAAAAUGUCUCAAGCUACUCCCAGAAGAAAUGCGUCCUAAGAUGCUUUCCGAGACAACCGAGGAAGCCCUUGCAAGAUCAGCAUUGAAACUUUGUCAGUUUGGUGAGCAAUGUGAAUUUAGACAGCAUCUAGAAAAUCUGCUGAAAUCAACAAAUUUCAGCGAAGGAGUGAUAUCUGCUUUGAAAUGGCAGUAUAAAGGUGAUCUCCCUCAAGCCAUUUCCAGGAAUGGUCUGAAAGAGCUCUUCUCUGAAAUUCAAAUCACUUGCUGUGAGAAACUCGUAACAGGUCUGUUUUACAAUUCCACCCUCCUGGAAAGGACUACAAAGAAAAAGGAAGUCUACAUCUCUAAACACAAGGAUCAGUGUGAUAUUUUUGUGGAGCACCAAAAUAACUGCCAGGGUAGGAGGAUACUGAAGGUACCAAAGGCCCUUGCUCAAGAAAUCAACGUCAUGCUUCAUGAGCUGCUGAAUGAUAAAACAAUACCAAUACUCAUUGAGAUGCUUUGCUGCGAAGAUGCAGAAGAUAUUCCCAACGUUUUAAUGGAAAAUGACAUACACAUUUCCAGGAGUGAAACUGACACAUUUAAUCUGCCUAGUCCAGGAGAGGUCAUUCCAGAUGAUUUUCUGAACUUUCUUGAAAUGGACUUCCUCAGCACCUUUGAAAUGGAAGAUUUUGUUGGAUACUUGGAUUCUGAUGGAGUAUACCGAUAUGCAGUGAUUGUUCAAAACUUAGGCAUUCGAGAGGAAAGUGAUGGGACAGUUGAGUGGUACAUGAUAGAAAUAGGUGAUAAAAAGGUCAUCAAAGUCUCUAAAAAUGAUAUUUAUCAGUUUAAGAGGACCAAAGGCACCAGAAACAAUUGCAAGGAACUCAUGCUACUAACCCAAGCAGAUGAAAUGGGCAAUAUCCACGGUGGAAAGUUUUCACAGUCAAUCGAAGAUAUCAAAAAAGAAAUUGAUGAGUGUUUUGAAAAGAUAGCCAAGCUUCCUAAACAGGAACGAGAAAAAGCCAUCCGUCGCCUUUACUUAAAAUGGCACCCUGACAAGAACCCGGAAGACUCGGAGAUUGCCACAGAAGUCUGCAAGUAUAUUCAGCAGCUGAAAGCAAAUCGUAAGUCCUCCCAGAAAAGCACUGGGAGCACAUAUCACAGCUAUGACUGGUAUAGCUGGGAUGCAGAAGCAUCGAAACACAAAAAGGGAAAAACCAAUUUCAAUUUCAGAUAUCCGUCACAUGAGUAUGACUUCUUCAGUUUUCACAGCAGGUACCGGCCCAACCCAACCGAAGCUAGGAGGUGGCUGAAGCAAGCAGAACAUGAUCUUUCUUCCGCGGACAGAGACGCUGGCCAAUCAAAUACAGAGUGGGUCUUUUUUAAAGUACACCAAGCAGUGGAAAAGGCUCUGAUAGCUGCACAAUACAAAAGAGAUGGAAGAUACUCCAAGGGCCAAACCAUAUCUAGUAUGGCUCAGAACGUUUCAUUGUUUAGUGAAAGUCUCCGUGAGCUUUCAGAUUUGGUGCACAGACUGACCGGGUUUGAUGUGGAUAACAAGAAAACACAAUAUCCCACCUACCACACAGCUCCCAAUAUUCCUAAUGGGCAGUUCCCUCCAGAAAAGGAGCAGGAAGUGCUCUCCCUUGGCAGAUCCGUACUUGACAAAAUACAAGAUUACAUCUCUUCCUAAAAUGCUUUCUGUAUCCCAGAAUGAGAAUGUACAGAUGCAUACUUUUGUCUGAAAAUGCAGUUUCAAUGCAGGUUUGUACUUCUUGCUGCUCUUGUUUCUUGUUUUUUUUUUUACGUUUAAAAUCGAGCUGCCUUUGAAUCGGCCUACAGAUAAAGACGACCAAGUCAAACUGAACUGUCAAAAAAUGUUUGGAUAUUAUUGGUAUUGUGGUGUUUCCAUUGGUAUUGUGGCCACAUUUUGUGAAAACAAAAGGUAAAUGAGGAAGUUAAAGUUACAAUAAUCUAACUUAAGUUUUUUUAAGCGCUCUUAAACAGGUGUUUCCUUUUUGUCUCGGGACCAUUACCAAAUAAACCUUCCUCCUAAAAGGGGGCUUGAGCAAGUCUUAUAUAUGUUUUGAUUUAUUUUCUGUUUUGUGCUGCAUUCCUGAAUUGAAUUUCAAUGUUACUGAAAUGGUUAUAACAGGCGUUUGUAAGUCCUAUUUUUCCUUAAUGAAAUAAAUCACUUAAAAUGCU